CUUCAAGCACAAAAGCCUAAUGUCGCUUGCAGGAACUGAUUGCAGGGACUUUCAACUGGAGUCCAAUUGACCGCCCCGUUUUACUGUAGGAGCGGCAGGUAAAGUUACGGCCAGGGAGGGUAAAUAGGAGCCAAAAUAAAGAAAAAACCACACGAGAUAAAAGCGGUAGCAGCAUAUUUAUCUACCUCCGCCGGCGCUUCGCGCGUUCUGCUAUGGUCGGUGCGAGCGCGCGUGCCGAACGUGCAAGACGUUCGAAACAUGAGCUCCGUGGAAGCGUCUGCAACGGCCCUUGCUGGCCGCGGUUCUAAUCACUCCGGUGAAUCGACGAACGAUGACUAUAAAAUUGUUUUACCACAGAUGCCCACAGGAAUUACGAGUGAAACAUCGGUGCUUCUGCAUUGCGAUUUGAAAGGGCGCCCCUACCGUAUCCAGGAUUUUCAACAAGAGAUGGCCAGGUGCGGCGUACUCGGCGACAUCGCAGCACUCGGUGCGUACCAAAUGAAUCAUGUUUGGAUGGCUACCCUCCGAACGGCAGAAGCAAAAAGACGACUCGUGGACGCCAAAGAACUGCAGGUGAAGGGUCUUCGGUGCCUCGUCGUGGAUCCCAGCAUCACGGAGUUACGGCUUCGACUCCACUGGAUCCCGUAUGAUGUGCCGGACGACGUUGUGCGUAAGGAAUUGGAGCCGUAUGGCAAGGUACUGGAAGUGAGCCGGGAGAAGUGGAAUGUUGAAGGCUUCCAAGGGAUCGAAUCAACGACCAGGUGUGCGCGGAUGACGCUGAACGAAGGCGGCACGGCCGAUACCAUGCCACACCAGCUUCGGAUCCAGGGUGGUAACGUACUUGUUGUGAUCCCUGGUCGGGCGCCCUUGUGCUUACGCUGUAAGCGCACAGGUCAUAUUCGACGAGAAUGCAGGGCGCCGAAGUGCUCGGAGUGUUUUCGCUUCGGGCAUUAUGGCACCGAGUGUGUCAGGUCGUACGCCAGGGUGGCCAGCGGGGCCGGGACGGCCGAGACCAAUGACCACGCCAUGGAUGCCGAGGAAGCGGAGCGUACUAUCCAGGGCUUGGCGCCAGAAGUUUCAACCCCUGCCAAAGAACGCAAGAGUGAAGGAAACAGCUUAUUGGAGGCAGCCAGAGAGAACGGAGGUCAACCGGAAGGCGCACCUCCCAGCGGUGCCGACGUGAAACCCUCUGAUGCCGGAGCAGACAAGGAAUCGAACGACGCAAGCACCAACGGACCUUCAGAUAUGGACGACACCAGCGAGUCAACUAAGCGAGCCUUCGAUGACGAUACGGCAGCAGGAAACGAAGCACGCCAACUACACCCCUGGAUGGAACGCACGAAGAAGGGGCGUUACCAGCCCGCGCCCAACGAUCCUAAAGAGGAACGUCGGCGCAGGGAAAGCAAGUAAGGCGUUCUUUGCCUGGUUCCCUGGUGUUUAAGAUUGCUGCAUCAAGACAACUUCGACCCUGACUGCUUAGGUUUUUAGUGUCUGCACCGAAGCACAGCGCAUGAUUUGUGAGUCCCAAUCAGCCAUUACGGUUGCAACGCUGAAUGUUCGUGGUUUAUGCACUAGGAAAAAGCAGUACCAAAUACAGCGAUUAUUGUCGAAAGAGCAACCCGAUUUCUUGGCGUUGCAAGAAACUAAAUUGGCUGAGGCGGAACAGGUAGAGGAAGCAGUCAGACCUUUCAUGCCUAACUAUGAAAUCUGUGUGACGCAUGCAGUUGGUCAUUCGGCAGGGUGCUUCCUGCUUCUGAAGAAGUCGGUACCGCUGUCGCAGUUAUGCGUUACUACGGACACUGAAGGACGUUUCAUUAUGUGUGAUUUUGUGCUAAUGUCAAAUCAAUUCAGGCUUAUUUGCAUUUAUGCCCCAAAUGUGACCACUGACCGCGUUUUAUUUUUUGGCGGUUUACGUCGGUAUCUUGAUUGCGAUAGAGCUCUAGUCCUUGUGGGUGACUAAUUGUGUUGUACGACAGUUGGAUAGAUCACCAAUAAGACGGAACGCUGAUAAGAGUGAACUACUUUUGGGCGAAAUGUUGGAGGAUUAUGACCUGAUUGAUGUGGGCACUGUAAAAAACGCGAAGAAGGAAAUGCGCUUUACCCAUUUUCAAGCGUCGUCCAGUGCGCGUUUGGACAGGGUGUAUGUUUCUGCCCCUCUAGCAGAACAUUUAGGAAAGUACCGUGUCACUCCAGUCUUUUUCUCGGACCACAGUCUGGUUAUCGCGACGAUAGGCGACAGAGCACUUGAAAAGAAAAAGUUUAAUUGGAACCUAUGGAAACUAAACAUAAAGCUUCUGAAAGACAAUGUCUUUCUAAAAAACGCAGAACAGUUUUUGAAAGAUGCUUUUAAAGAGCCGGGAGGGGACAUUUUCGAGAAAUGGGAACUGGCAAAACAAGAAAUUAAGGCAAUCGCCAUUGAGAGGUCGUCAAUUCUUUCGUACAACGCGCGGUGUGAGGAACGCAGUUUAAAUAAGGACUUGAUAGAGCUAUGUAAAGCAGAGUGCGAAAGACCCGGUAAUGGGGUAAAAGACGUGGAAUAUGUCAGAGAAAAAUUAGAUCAGCUCCACCGCGAGCGCUAUCGUGGUGCAGUAGUGCGCGCCCGUGCAGAAAAAUACACAAUGGGCGAGCAGCCCACUAAGCGUGCCUUGGCAGACGAGAAGCGUUACGCACUUCGGAACGAAAUAACCGAAAUUGGAUUCAAGCAAAUGAUUACUACGGAUCCCGAGAAAAUAGCACAGGCCUUCCUCGAGCAUUACGCACAGCUUUUUGCUAACAAAGCGCAAGGGUGUCAUACGGACAUUUAUGCCCAGCUUUUAGAAAAUCUGCCAAGGCUAUCGAAUGAUGAACGCGAAGAGCUUGAGCAAGAAAUUACGAUCCAAGAAGUGGAGCGCGCAAUCGACGACCUGCCGAACUCUAAGACGCCGGGACCGGAUGGAUUGGGCGCAGAAUUUUACAAGAACUUUAAGAGCCUAAUAGCUAGUGUUUUUUUGAACGUCAUUCAUACUGCCUAUGAAAGAGAAUGUUUGCCCUUUUCGUUUUCUCGUGCCUACACUGUCCUGAUACCGAAAUCUGAUGACCCCGUGAAACUGCGCAGCGUCACCGGUUAUCGCCCAAUAACGCUAUGCAAUACCGAUUACAAGAUCUUCGCGAAAAUUCUGGCGCGUCGCCUUCAAGGUGUCGCAUGUGAGAUAAUAAGCGAGCAUCAAACGUGUGGGAUACAGGGGAGGACUAUCUUGACAAAUGUGCAUGUGGCUCGUAGCGUCCUGGAGGCCUGCAGUGACAGCACCAUGCAGGUUGC